GCUCCUGGGACAAGGCCACGGGCCGGGCGGGGCGCCGCCGCGCUCCUGGCAGCCGGCCAGGACAUCUCAGCGUCCCCUCCACCCUGCCCAGUGCCCUGCCCCAGCUGCCCUGCCCUGCCACCUCGCAGUUAAUGUGACGACGAACAGAGCGGGGUCAGGCCACGCCGUGGCGCAGCAAAUGGCCCUGGCAACCUACCAACAUGCGGACAUUUAUGUUGUUUAUCACUUGGGUGGUUUAUCUCUGAAGGUCAAUAAACCCCAGUCAGUUACCGUUGUCAUUAAGAUAUGCGCUAUAUCACGCCCGUCCUGUGCGCCACCAUGACACCGGUGAACUCAGCGCUCGGGUCUGUUUACUCCCGAGUUCUCUAGUCCUGGACAGAGCCGCGUCACGAGCGGACCAGAGCCGGCACCGGUCUGCCGUCAGACGAGCAACAGACACCGGGCUGACCGCACCGUCCUCCGUCCCUCAGACUUUCCCGACACCUAAUCCUGGCCUGUGCCCUGCUGACUGACCUCUGCAGCUGCCCGUGACCUCGACCUUCCGAAUGACCUUUGCACCCACCCCUAACGUAGCCCAAAACUGACUGCCCUCUCCCUGACGUGACCCUAGCCCCUGACGUGACCCACAUCCCGCCCCCUCCCUCCUCUGACGCGCCCCGCGCCCGCUCCGUGAAGUCGUGACUCCGUGAGCGGCUGAUGGCGCCGUCGGUAGCCGUGCUAGGAGCCGGUGUGGUGGGCGUCAGCACGGCCCUGGCGCUGCGGACCGACCUGGAGCACGCGGAGGUCACCCUGAUCGGAGCAGAGCUGACUCCUGACACCACCGGCGACGGCUCGGCCGGAGUCUGGGGACCGCGCAGCAUCGCCGGGCCGCACAUCCAGCUGAACAAAUGGGGCCGGCUCACUCACGACUUCAUUCACCAGCUGUGGCAGGAGGGCGAGUGUCCCGGGCUGGGCAUCGUCUCCGCCUAUGACGUGGAGGAGAACAUGCCGGAGCCCUUCUGGAAGGACGUGCCCUUCAGCUGCACGCCCAUGACCGAGCGCGACCUGGCCGAGGGCGGACAUCAGGGCAAGAAGGGAUACCGCUACGUCACCGUCUACGCCGAGCCCUCCAAGAUGCUGCCGUUCCUGAUGAAACGAUUCCGCGAUCUAGGAGGAAAGGUGAUCAAAUCUCGAGUCAAGACGCUGGACGAGCUCCCUGGCUAUGAUAUAAUAGUCAACUGCACGGGGAUUGGAGCCCGAGAGCUGGUCGGGGAUGAAAAGGUGAUGCCGGUCCGCGGACAGGUGAUCAAAGUCCACGCGCCGAGCGUGAAAAACGCCAAAUUCAGCUUCCCGGGCACCUACGUCAUCCCGAACGACGAGUUUGUCGUGCUGGGCGGCACGGCGCAGCGCGGCGACUGGCGCGUCGAUAUCGACGACGGCGACACGGCGGCGAUCCUGGCGCGCUGUCGGCGCUGGAUCCCGAGUUUGCAGAGCGCGCGGGUGGAGCGAGUGUGGGCCGGCCUGCGUCCGUUCAGAGAGGGCGGCGUGCGACUGGAGGUGGAGCGCAGGAUGAUCGCCGACAGGGAGGUGCCCGUGGUGCACAACUACGGUCACGGAGGGUCCGGGGUCACUAUGUUCUGGGGCUGCGCCCUCCAGGUGACCGAGUUGGUGAAACGGGAGCUUAGCCGGUUACAGAAUAAGAGCAAACUGUAGCCGCGCGGGGGGGGGGGGGGGCGGAUAACGUUCGGUUGAAACGUUCAGGCUGCACAUUGUUUGCUAGCGAAUCUAUGCUACCGAUCUGAGAAAGAAGAAUAAUAGACGUUAAAAUGAAUAGUUA